ACUGUUUCGAUUUGUGAACAUAGGCGUCCGUAGGCCCGGGUCUCAUGAGGAACAUUUAAAAAUACAAUUCAAAUAUAAAUUCAGAAUCUAGCCCCUAAGAUGCCAUUAGAAUUCCAUAAAUUUAUUUACGGAAACAAGGCAUUGUGUUUGCAUUACAUCUGUAUUUAUACAGAUGCAAGAUCACACAGUCAGUUUCCUCUUUACAAACCUGAAAUUAUCGCUUCAAAGCCCAAAAAGAGGUAAAUUGCGCACAUGCGGCUGGAGCUCUGUAGUCCCGCGGUUAUAAGAAGGUUCGUUUCCUCCGUCUGAGAAGUUCGCCUGAGGAAAAGUUCCCACCUGCUGCUGCAGCCAGAGGACUCCAGAGAAACACAAUGAAUCUUCUCCUCCUGGCUUUCACCUUUGGGUUUGCAGGAGCAUACCCUCUGGAAGAUCAGAAGGAGUGCCAGCCUCAUUCAAGACCUUGGCAUGUGAGGCUGCAUGGUUCAGUGUCAUGUAGCGCAGCUCUGAUUGACAAAUGGUGGAUAGUGACUUCAUUUCACUGUCAACCCACACCUUAUAAGACUGUUGCUUCUCUUGGGGAACAUGACGAAAGUGUGGAAGAAGGCACUGAGCAGCACAUCUUAGUUUCUGAUGCGAUCCGACACAACCCCUACCGCUCACCUCUUCACAGCCUCACCAUGGUGCGCCUGUCUGCGCCUGCCAACUUUAACCAGCACGUCCAGCCUAUCCCGCUGCCCACUCGCUGCCCACAGACAGGAGAGAUCUGCUCUGUCAGUGGCUGGGGCUCCACAGACAAAAACCAAUCUGACUCCUCCCAGCGCCUGAAGUGUCUAACUGUGCCUGUGGUGGAUGAUCUGGCUUGCCUGGAAACCUUCCCUCCAUUUCUGUUCUGGGGUGUCAUGGUCUGUGCUGGUCAAAAUACAACAGAUAACUGCCUGACUGGUAGUAGCAACGUGAUGGUGUGUGCUGGUGAACUGCAGGGUUUGAAGUGGUUCAAUAACGGCUGCGAGGAUCCAACUCACCCCACAGUUUACACCAAGAUGUGUGAAUACACCCGCUGGAUCAAAGCUGUGAUGGACCGGUAUACUGUCCUGACUCCAAGCCCUCCCCACUUGACGACUUAAAGCAGCAUGAGCACCUGUAUCUGCACUAAAUAUAAGGAGACAUUUUUUUAAAGGUCACUCCCCACAACUGCAGAUAUUUCUUCCCUAUUCAGUUUGCUUAGAUGUAACAAGGUUAUAUAUGGUGUUAAUAAAAGGCACUUAGAAGUUU